UCUGAACACGAAGCGGUGUACCUUCUCCAGGAUUUAGCACCAAAGAAUCAUGAAGACACAACCAGAAUGGACCUAUCUUUUUGCAUUGAAGGAAUAGCCAACAUCUACUGAAAGGGAUGGGGCUUUGAAUUCCAUGUUAAACUUUGAAUAUGGCACAGAUGUCUUGCAAACUGGAACCAAAGAAUAUCUGGACAUGGAGGGGUGUCAUACUUCUGUUUUGGGUGCUAGCGAUGGUCAAUGGAUCCACGGUAAAGCAAGAGGAAAACCAGGAGGACCCAAGGGUGACAGCAGCCACCCUGUUGUUGAAUGAGGACUGGACAGGGACCACGGUGCAGUUACUACCGGACAUGCAGACAGAGACUCAAACUGAAGGGGUCACUGAGGAGCUGAUGGAGGGAGAGGUGGAGGUGGUGACACAAGGAAGGACCCCCAAGAACUACACAGGUCUGUCGUGCAGCCCAGUACUACCCCCCAGAAGAGGGUCCUUUUUCGUGGAGGGGGGCAGUGGUCUCUCUGUGGGGAGCAUUCUGGUGUUCUGGUGCAGGGAUGGGUUCCAGCUCGUGGGCAGUGAUAAGAUCCAAUGUAAUGUGAAGAAGGGCAAAGCGCAAUGGAGCAACAACCUGCCCAUCUGUGAAGCGAUUCCCAGGCCCCAGGACAGGGGGCUGCGGGUGGCUGUGCUGGCCUCGGUGGUGAGUGGAGUGGUGAUUCUGGCCAUGUCCCUGUCCUUUUUCAUCUGCUGCCUCCAGGAGAGAGCCUCCAGACUACGGGCCAAGAAGGAGGGACGCCUCAGGCGGAGGGAGAAACGUUCGUCCCGUCGCUCGGAGUGGGAGAGAGAGGAGGGGGAAUGGGAGUCAUUCGCUCCCCCAAAGAUCUUCCACCUGUCCCAAAGGAUGAACCCACGCCUGGCCCCCGACAGCCCCCUGUACCUGACUGGAGGACUCAGCGGCUAUGAGAACAGGGGAUAUCAGAGGAGUCAGGAGAGUCUACUGAAGGCGUCUCUCUCUGGCCUGUACCGUUCUGACUCCCAGUUGUACCCCCAUGUCGUCCUGCAGAGGGUGCCCACCCCAACUGCUCCGUCUGCCCCUCCCUCUGCUCCUUCUGCCCCCACUGUCCCUCACUACCUGCACUUACCCCACUCCUCCUCCUCUGCAGCCUCCUCUCCGGCUCAUACCACCAGCCACAGCCAAAGUCGCAAUCAGACCCAUAUGAUGCCCCAGUACCCUACGCCCACAUAUCCCCCCAACCCGAACACAAGUCUCCCCACUUACCCCACAUCUGCUCCUAUAUACCCCAACCCUAACCCCGUCACGCAGCGACCAUGGCAGUAAUGACAACUAGAUGUGCUUUGAAAUGAUUGACUGUUUUAGCAGCUGGACUAUUGAGAAUGA